ACAUUUCCUCUGUAGACAAAGAACACCUAGCACGGCAGAAACUAGUCGACAGGCUUGUGUUAGGCAUCGCAGCAGGAAGACACGCGGAUCCUGAUGUGCCGUCUGCUUUCUCCUGUACUUACAGCGCUCAGUGCCAACAACUCGUAGCUCACACACCGAGACUGGGAUGAGAAUCCAUGUACAUGCCUCGCCGCGAACUGCCAGCUAAUACACCAGCCAACUACUUUUCCUGAUCUGUUUAUCCUCUUAUCCACAUUUUUUUUUAAUUACGGGAUUGAAUGGAACUGUAUGGGAAGAUGGCAUCGACACAGGAUUCUCGAUUUGUUCAGAAGGACACAGCUGACCAGAACUUUGACUACAUGUUUAAGCUACUGAUCAUUGGCAACAGCAGUGUUGGGAAAACGUCGUUUCUCUUCCGCUAUGCUGAUGAUUCGUUUACAUCUGCCUUUGUAAGCACCGUUGGUAUUGACUUCAAGGUAAAGACCGUCUUCAGGAAUGAGAAAAGGAUUAAGUUGCAAAUUUGGGACACAGCAGGGCAGGAACGCUACAGGACCAUCACCACAGCCUAUUAUCGUGGUGCUAUGGGCUUUAUCCUAAUGUACGACAUCACAAAUGAAGAAUCUUUCAAUGCAGUGCAGGACUGGUCAACCCAAAUCAAGACAUACUCCUGGGACAAUGCACAAGUUAUACUGGUUGGCAAUAAAUGUGACAUGGAGGAUGAAAGAAUUGUAUCGAUGGAGAGAGGAAAACAACUGGCAGACCAACUUGGCUUUGAAUUUUUUGAAACCAGUGCCAAGGAUCACAUCAACGUCAAGCAAACAUUUGAGCGGCUUGUUGACAUCAUCUGUGAGAAGAUGUUGGAGAGUUUAGAUACAGAUCCUACUGUUGCUGCAGGAAAACAAAACACAAAACUCACAGAGAACCCACCCCCACAGCAACAAAACUGCGGCUGUUAGUGACGUUCAUUAACAUGUGGAGGCAAUCAAAUUGUGUCUAUAUCACAAAAAUUAGUCCUUAGUUAUUAGUCCAUGAAAAUGUAACUGUUUGGCCUCUAUAUAAUAUUAAACAAACCAAUCUAUAUUUAUUUUUUUGCUAGUCUGUGCUCAGUACUCUUUCCUAAGACCUCUUCCAUUAAUACUGACACUUAGUCAGCCUUUACAAAUAUUGUAUUGAUUCUGCGUUUUAUCUGUAGACUCAAGGUUUGUGUGACUGUUACAGGAACAAUGGGUUCCUAGGAACAAAAGCUUCCUAGACUCAGUGUACUACAUCUAUAAAUUACUUAAGAUUUCCCUGUUUACUAAACUUAUGUGGCCUUUCAAGUAUUUUCUGGAUGAUGAAUUGAUGAUAAAAAGCCAAUCCUCAGUCUGCACAAAAUUCAACACUGGAAAUGUUUGCAUUUAAAAUACUGAGUAAACAUAGCUUGAUUGCUUGAACGUUUGUUACCCUUGUCUAGUCGUAAGUAUUCAUAUGUCAUUUAAAAGGUAGCAAUUCCAAAUAACAGUAUGCCUUGAUGAAUAAUAUGUAUUUGUAAAUGUGUUUUCAAUAUAUAUACCAGCAGUAUCAGAUCUAACAUUACCUGACAAAUGUUAAUGUUGUUGUGAAUAAAUUAUGGAUGUGUGCUGACAAAAAAAAUAAUUCCAGUUCAAAAAAUAAUGCCAGUUCAACCCUAGAGUGAGGCCCUGACCUGAUACUCAAAUUCACUAAAGCUAGGUGGUGUAGGAACAUUCACCUCACACCACUUGUGUUGUACCGGGAGGGAACUACAAUUCUAUUUGUUCAGACUAACUGUUGAUUCACUGGGACAACUUGCAGAUUGAAAUUGACUUCUUCAAAUAUUACUGGAAAGCAGAGCCUGGGCCUGUGUCAUUAAACAGUACCUAUUGUAGGCCAUCUACAACAACCUGUCCUGUAAGAUUGAAAAUUGUUGUCCGUUUUUAUUUUUAUUUUGUAUGUGUCAUUUAUGGCCCUUGGGGAGGUAAUGGGAAUAAUUGUUCUACAACCAUUAGUGUUAAAUAUGUGCAAGUUUUGGCCAUAGGUUGUGAUGAUAUUUUUAAGGCAGAGAUUGAUAGAUUCUUGAUUAAUACGGGUAUCAGGAGUUAUGGGGAGAAGGCAGGAAUAUGGGUUUGAGAGGGAAAGAUAGAUCAGCCAUGAUUGAAUGGCAGAGUAGACUUGAUGGGCUGAAUGGCCUAAUUCUGAUCCUAUCACUUAUGAGCGUAUGAUUUGGCCAUAGGAUGCAGGGGAUUUAGUGUGAUCUUACUUAUCCCAGACAAUGCCUUAGAUCAUCAGAGACAUUUGGAAACAGCUGUAAAAAAUAUAAAAAAGCAAGUAUUACUAAAAAAACCUUAAAAAGAUAAAUUCACUUUAAAAUGUGAAACAGCUCUUAAUUAAUAAAACUCCAAAUGUACUUAUAAAUAAAGAAAAAAUCCUAACCCCUCUUAAGUGAAGACAAACAACUCUUUUAGAAUGACUGUGUAAGUGUCAGAUGUAUCAACCAUGGCUGGUAUAUAGCUAAGUAUAGAUGCACGGUGCAUCCAAUCCUUCAGUUCAACAACUUACAGGGCAUCUUAGAAAUCAACAGUGAGUGCAUGGGCAAAGUAAGUAUGCACUGCUGCACAAAUAGAAAAUAAUAAUUGGCAAUCAACUAUUCUCCCCCUAACGCUGGAGCUGAAGAUGGUAAUGUAACCUUGGCUUUUGUGGCUGCACGUUCCAAUCUAGGGCAAUCCGUGACAGCCUUAGUUAUAAUUGUUUGUCACGUAUUAAUGCAGAGAAAAGCAUGAAUGUAAAUAUGUUUAAAAUGCCGUACCCUACCGCAUUAUUAAAUAAAAAUUAUAUCCACUGAGAAUUUACAUCAUCUUUCAUGUAAUUUUAAUGCUAGUUUGACAAUUUUUGUUGUUGCUCAGAAACCUCAGUUUAGCCAGCAUUUAAUAAAGCUGUAUCAAUAACCGUAUCAAUAAAGCAAAUCAAGAAGGUAAGUAUUUUUGUGCAAAUAAACAAUGUUAUCGUGAUUGUGUAAUAUUAAGUGUAGUUCAAGUUAUCUUUCUGAUGUCUGACAUUUUUUAUCUAAAUGGAGCAAAUGUAAAAUGAUGCAUUGGUGCUGGAGUGAUCUGUGUUUUAUACUUUUGUGUAGCCUCUGUAUUGAGGGACAAUAGGCCACUAAGUGCAAUAUUUCAGAAUAUAUGGUGCAUUUCUAAUUCAAUGCAGAUAACUGUGCAAAGUUGUAUACAACAGGGCUUGAAGUUAACAUAUUUUAAUGAUGAUUUUUGAUUUUAACUUCCCCUCUAGUUAUUUGCAAGCUAUUGAUAGUACUAGUCAGGGAACAUUGGGCAUUAAAUUUUACCUUUAUUUCCAAAAUGAUGUUCAGAAUUUUCUCCGUAGUCUACAGGAUAAAUUUAUAUUGCUUUCAUAAUUCUACCAAGUUAGAACUGAUAAACGAAAAACCUUGCAAAAUUCACCGCUGAUGUCUACUGUGGAAAGUAAUGGGCCUGUCCGACUUAGGAGAUUUUUCAGGCGACUGCCAGUGACUGUCAAGUUGCCGGCAGUCGCCUGAAAAACUGGCAACUGGAACGGCGACUGUCGGAGUGGAACACACACAAACACAUUGCUUUCUUCACCAGCCCGUUAUGCAGGCGGGGGACAGGGCAAGCGGGGGGAGCGCUGUCUGCAUGAAAUUCACACGGUGCAAAGCCAAUGUGAUAGACACACCUCGAUGAACAGGUAGGUUGGCACUGUAAUUAAGAAGCUAAAAAGCACAGUGUACCUUAAAAGAGGGAGCAGGGGGAGAGACAACUUUUAAGAAGCCAGAGAUACACGGCUGUGACGCUCGGCGGACAUUAACAUUACCGGUUCUGAAAACUACUGCGUUUUGUUUCCCAAUGAGCCAAUGAAAUUCACCGGUCAGCACCGGCUACAGCCUAUGAGAACCUAAGAGAACCUUCGACCACCUGGCGACCCACCUACGGCACGAGAAUUCUCACUACUCUCCAUUCUAGUCGCCGCUAAUUUUUCAACAUGUUGAAAAAAUUGAGGUGACCAUAAUGAGGCCGCGACUAGUUCCCAGAAUGCGGGAACUCCUCACAACCAUGAAGGCGACUCCCUGGCAACCACCCGCGAACAUGUGGCGACCGCAUAGUCUCCUGCAGUCGUCUAAAAAGUCGCCUAUGUGGGACAGACCCAUAACCAUCAACUUGCUUCAAAUUGAACUGUUUUUAAAAUGGUUAAAUAUUUUGUUAAUAAUUAUAUUUGACAGUGUAACAGCCAACCUUAGAUGAUUAAUCUAGAGAUCUUUUUUUAUCUCACCCACCAUUAUGCCCAAUUGUCUCUCAAAUGAUCACAACAAAUUGCCUCCAAUAUCCAUCUCAUACAUUGAAUACUAUUGAAAAGGAAAUUCCUAACAUCAGUUACAGGUAGAACGUGUCCCAAAUAUUAUAGUGCAUCGUGAUGUGGUAUAUUUUUUUACAUUUUGUAGGUGUAUAUUCACCUUGAAACUUGUACAAGAUCAUCCUCACACAUUUCCUUUCAGGGUUGAAUAAGUUUUCCUCAUAACUCAGUCCCCUGAUCCUGGGGUUUCAUGUCAUGCCAUCAGAAAUUGAAAAAUGUCCUUGUGUCUUGAAGUAGAUGCCAUUUCAAGCCCUGGUGACGAUACACUGUAGCCUUAUCUGCAAGCAUGGUGUGUGAUUUGAGAAUUCUCAGUGACAAUGUGGGACUUAUGUAAUUGUAUGUGGGCAUAAUGUAAAUCAGUGUUUGAAAAGGCUAUUUGUACUGAAGUUACUGAAUUUCUGUGACGUGUUCAGUGACAAUGUUUUGUUGGAAUGACUGGGAAAUUUCAUUAUGUAAAUGUAAAAUUCUGUCACCAGACUAUUGCAUGUAUGUUUGAUUGUGUGAGAAUGUUUUAAUUGUUGGAACUCUCAUCAUUGUUCCUUAAGUCUUAGAGCUAAUUGUGUUGUUGACUAACAGUAAGGAAUGAGUAUGUUGUACAGUAGUAAUUCAUUUGUUUAUUUUCCAGGAAUGGGAAAAAUAUUAAAAUUCUUUGCUAGGAUCUCAAAUGAAAUCCAGCCAAUAGUAAUGAGAUACUAAUAAUAUUCUUACUUCCUGACAAUGAAAUAAAUCCUGGCCAUAUUAAACUAGUUUCAAUUCUGAACUUUAAAGUGAAAGCUCCAUAACAUAUAAUAGACAAAAUCCAAUGAUUAUUCCAAGGUUGGAGCCCAGCCACAUCAGAACGCUAGAGUAGGGUGAGAAUUGUUUUCUACCUGUUUUCACUGAAUCUGACAUGUGAGUACUUGAUGCUGUGACUAGACAUUGGGUAUCCAAAAUAAAUGGAAAAUCUGCAAAUGUAAAUAUUAUGCAGCUCAUUCUGCACAGUUUGAAAAAAUCUCUCAAUUUAUCAUCACAAACAUUCUACACCUUAUGAUUGAACUGAUCCUGAGGUUGAAAUAAGACAAUAUGGUGCAGGUAGUGAUCUAGGUGCGCUUAAAUGUGGUUUCACAAAGUUAAGGUUAACAGAUCAAACAACAAACUGCUGGAGGAACUCUGCAGGCAAGCAGCAUUGGUGGAGCCAAAUGGAUAUACCUUAUUUUGGGUCGAAACUCUGCAUCAGCCCUAAUACUGGACUCGACCUGUGACAUGGACCUUACCUUUGCCUCCACAGAUGCUGCUUGACUCUGAGUUCCACAAGAGUUUGUUUUUUGACCCAGAUUCCAGCACCUGCAGUCUCUUCUGUCCAUGUCAAAGGAUAACAGAUAUUGUGCAGACUGAAGAUAAACUGGCAAUUUUUUUACUGAGGCCUUUCUGAUAGAUGAUAAACUUGAAAUGAAGUACAACUGACUUAUUUCUGUAUAUUCUACAAAAUUUACUAAUGCCUUUCUUCAAAAAUAUUGUUUCAAGCUUGCAGGUGUUAUUAGAAAUGUGGUUACCAUGAUUACCGUUAAAUAAAUACAAUUCUCUGAUUCCCCUGUUCCCAGCAACACCUGUUCGACCAGAGAAAUACUGCCUGUGAAAGCUUUGUGAGGUGGUGCCAUAUAGAACUAUUGAAAACAGCUAUUUGAUCAAUGUUGUAUUCCUUUAUAAAACAUUAAAAAUACCUUGUUACCUAAAUCUGAAAGUUAUGUAUGUGCACAAUAUAUUUUACCUCUCGUUGGAAUUUAGACUGUACAGUAGACCAGCUAUUUUGUGUUUGUCUGUGAAAUAUGUAAAUUAAUGUGUAUGUUUGAAAAAUGAAAUAAACUUGUGGAGACAAUA